AUGACCUUUGAGACCAACAUUGACGGAGGCCUAACCGUGUUUUUCCCGACAGACGCCGUCAUCAACGACUUCCUCCCCAAGUACGAAAACCUAACGACAUCCCAAGAGGCAUCAUUGCUGCUCUACCACGGCAUCCCUUUGUACCAGUCCCUCCAGAUGCUCAAUAAUAAAAACGGCCUCGUCAACUUGCUACCCACCAACAAGGCCAACAAGUUCGAUUUCAUCGUCCAAAAUGACGAUGAGGUCGUUAGCUUGGAGACGGAAGUCGUGACGGCGAAGAUAAUGGGGACGUUGAUCAAUGAGGAGCGUCUGGUGAUUUACAAGAUGAACAAGGUCUUGCAGCAGACGAAGCUGUUCAAGGUGAAGACGGCGCCUGCGCUGAAGGAGGUGGUUGAGGAGCUGGAUGAUUCUGCUGAUGCGCUGGGAUCAAAUGAUUCGGAGGAUCAAAUGACUAGUUUUCUAGUUGCGAAAGGACGGCAAAUCAAAGGGAUGUCCCUUGAAACCAAUAUUUUCAUUUGA